AUGCCUCGACCACCGUCACCCUCAAUACCCGAGAAGGAAUUCGUCUAUGGCGCCCUCAACGAGUCAUUGCGCCUCGAUGGACGAGCCAUGCUGGAAAUGCGUGCCCCGAUGCUCACCUUUGGUCCGGAGCUAGGUUGUGUAGAGUGCUCACUAGGAAAAACACGUGUGCUAGCGCAAGUAGACGGGAAGAUGGUGAAGCCGUUGCCGGAGAGACCGCUUGAGGGCAUCAUAACAAUACACUCUGAGCUCUCGUCCAUGGCGUCCAACGAGUUCGAACCCGGUCGGCCAUCCGACCAAGAGGUCACGAUUACGCGUAUGCUUGACAAGGUCCUACGCCGGAGCGACGCGGUUGACAAAGAGAGUCUAUGUGUACUUGCUGGGCAACGGGUAUGGCAUAUCCGACUGACGAUCCACGUCCUCUCCGACGCCGGCAAUAUGCUAGAUUGCGCGUGUCUUGCCGGCAUCGUCGCGCUCAAACAUUUCCGGAGACCCGAAGUCGAGGUACAGGGAGAUGAGGUCACCAUCCACCACCCUUCCGAGCGCGCGCCAGUCCCGCUCGCAUUGCACCAUGCACCGUUCUGCUUCACCUUUGCCUUCUUCUCCGACACGACCACCCCACCGCUGCUCGACCCAUCGCAUCUUGAAGAGACACUCAGCGCAGGUCUGCUCUCCGUCGCGCUCAACGCGCAGCGCGAGCUGUGCGUCGUGCAAAAGGCGGGCGGCGUCCCGCUCGCGCCUGCGGACGUACUUGCAAUUAUGGAUGUCGCAGUGCAGAAGGCGCGCGAGCUUGACAAGGUUGUUGAGAGUGCGCUCAAAGUUGACUGGGCGGGCAGGAAUGUUGAGGUGCGCUGAUUGUGGCUCUUUUGACAUCGUCCUUCUGCCUCGCCAUGGCAUGCGUGUCGCAUUUAUGGGCGUGUACGGUGAGGCGAAAAGUAUAUGAUUGUACUAUAAACAAUAUGUAUUCUAUCUCAGAUUCCACUUCUUU